ACGAGUCAGCAUCUGCAACUUCUGUCUCCAAAAGAAAAAAAAGCAUCUUUUGAGGAGAACUCUGCUCACUGGAACAAGGCGCGCACUCUUCGCCGGAGGAGAAUUUGCGCCUUGGAGCAUCUGGAUGACAGCGAGAAGUUAACCUCUUGCUUACAAGGUUUUUCCAGGACUUGAGGACGACCACACAAGGGAGCUGUCAGCUGAGAGAGAAAGUUGUUUUGAAGAAAAACAACAAAACAAAAGAAAAGGCACAAGGACGACAGGGAGGACAAAUAACAAGGCAAAGGAGCGGAGAGAGGAGAGGUGACCUGGCCGCAGCGAAAUGUUUGGCAUGAUCAAGAAUUCGCUCUUCGGGAACACCGAGGAGACGGAGUAUAAGCUGCUGAGCAGUGAGACGAAGGAUGGAGUUAGCUUUGAAGUGCGGCGGUACGAUGGGGCCAAAUACGCUGCUGUGUCCUCUGAGGGACGAACCUUCGACCAAGUGACAGGCGAGCUGGUGAGGAAGCUGCUUAUGUACAUCGGCGGGAGCAAUGAACAAGGUGAGGCCAUGGGCACAGCAGCUCCCAUCAUCAUCACAGUGUACCCACGGAAUGACGGUGUUCUGUCUCGCCGUUUGAUGGUCGCCAUCCGCAUCCCCUCCAACUACCAGCAAAGCCCCCCCACUCCUACUGACACCGCCAUCAGGAUUGAGGAGCGGCCCGGCAUGACUGUCUAUGCUCUGCAGUUUGGAGGUUUUGCGGGGGAGAGCGAGUACCGAGCGGAGGCCUUGCGUCUGACGCGCACCCUGGGUGAGACGGCGCCCUUUCAGCGCAAGCAGUACUUCUGCUGUAGCUACGACCCACCGCUCAAGCCUUACGGACGCCGCAACGAGGUGUGGUUUCUACAGGAGGAGCCGUAGGAGCCGUUCUGAGUCAAAUCUCAUGCUGAAUUCUUUAUUCAACCUCAACAACCCUUUCACAGUCCUGUAGCUCUAACAGUAUUUGAUUGGUAAGAGCAAUAUGAUCACUUGAUAGACCUUUGAACCCAAAUGGACAAAUAGAGAUUACCCAUGUUGCCUUCACCCAUCUGAUCUUCUGCUUGUCACACGCACAGCUGCUACACUGAAGUUAGGUGUUCAAGCUGUUUAAAAUUCAAUCAGCGCAGUAGCAUUUUCUCACCUCACUGUCACAUUUUAUGAUCGUUUCUAAUUUAAACCCACUCCUUUUAGCUCUGAGUGAGUAAAGGCUUCUAGACAACGUAGUGUUGAGAAGUAAAAGCAUUAGUUGGAGUCCUGUGCAGUAUGUUUCACACAGGCUUUUCAUGUGAAAACAGGAUGUAGCACUGUGACCGAGUUCAGUUCUCUGCGCCGAGGGAAAACAGAUUUUAAAGACCUUUAGAUAAACUGUUAUCCAAGUAACUGGAAUCUGCAUUUCAUUCCUUUUAGAACUACGUGUUUGCCCUAAAGGGUCGAUUAAGUCCCUGUAGAGUUCUCAUCUUCCUGAAGAGCACACAGUAGGGCUUUGCACAUCUUUAAUCUAGUUUACAACUUAGCAGCGGCUGCAGAGAAAUGUAUAGAAUUAACAUUAGAUACAUGGUAGAUAAAAGCACACUUCCUUUUCCUGAGUCAGGAACUGGAAACAAACAGGAGUUGAGCCAUAAAUUAGGACUAGACUUUAUGAAUUAAUGGGUGAACAGUUGUCAGUGGAAAUCAGCUAGCUUGCUAUUGGUGUUGUUAUCAACUUUGCGGUCGUUUUCAUUUGUGUGUAGUGACUAUUUUGUGUUUUAGUGCAUGACAAUGCCAUCUUUAUUUAUUCAGACUCUUGAAACUGUGCUACGAGAUACAUCUGUACAGUGUGAUUUUCUGUGAUAAGAGUGAAAAUAACGUCCAGGUUUGAUAGUGUUUGAUAACAUAAUAAACAUAUU